GCUGUACAUUUUUGGUGCUGCACAUUUUUGGGUAUAUUUUAUGAAAUUCUUUAUGAAUUUUGAUUUUAAUAACUAUAAGUAAGGGGAUGUAAAUUAUUGUUAUGUUAUAUGAAAUUCUUUUAAAUUUUAUUUUUAUUUCUAAUAAUAGUAUGUAGUUGGGAGUCUAAGCAAUUCAACACGUACAGACAUACAACAUGUUAAGGUAGAUCUAAACAAAUAAAAGAUAGAUAUACAAUUGAAUAACGGUAUUUGCAAGGUGGAAAUCUAUUGCCUGAAGAUGUCUAACGCUAUAUCCCUUUAAUAAUACAUUACCUGCGAUUACGCAUAAGGACCUUUGAACAGAAUAUCUAACUGAGAUGUCAAACACAUUUUUCAAUCAGGAUACUAGUUACAUGACUUUGAUCAAACACAUUUUUACAAUUAGCACACUAGUUACAUGACUUUUAAUCAGUAAAUAGGGAUUAGAUUGUGUCAUCAAAGAUUUACUUAGACACCAUUUUUUUUGUAUUACGGGCAGUUUUAUGGCAGUUAAUUUGUUUACUUGCCAAAUCCUGUUUUAGGGUCCGAGACGAACCAGUUUUUAUGUACGUAUUUUUCAUUGGUCAGUUGAAUUUGUAAUAAGAUUUUUAAUUGGAUAAUUGCGAAGAAAUCAACCGUUUCCAAAUCCUUUAUAAGCACAUCAGCUACCCGAGAAAGCCAAAACUCUGGCUUCGUAGAAAAUAAAUGUUAUUGGGAGCUGACAAGAUUUUUAUUCUUUUUAUAGGUAAGUCGAAUUUUGUACUCUGUAUUUUUUUCAACUUUGUAAAAUCUGGAUUGGUAACUUUUAAAUUUUAACAGAGAUCUUAUCUUAAUGCGAGGCACAUGUGUAUUGGAAUUGUUCGGGUUUUUUUAUCUAUACAGCUAUUCAGAUAGCUACUUAGUAUUUUGUUGUUCAUGUGUAAGAUUUGUACUUCUAUAGUUUAGUUUUAUACAUAUGCAUCUCAGAAAACUUCAAAGUAUUUUUGUUUAUGAGUAAGAUUUAGUAGAUUCUUUUUACUGUUGAUUUAUUACAGAAAUUAUGUUGUAUAAUGAAAUCUGAACUAGUUUUUAUUCAGAUAGAGAAAAGAAACUUAUUGAGGAGUACUCUAAAUUCUUAAUCACUUAGUGUACUUUCAUUUAGAACUUGUCGCUUAAUUUGCGUCUUUCGGUUUAUUUUAAUAAUAGUCUAGGCCGUGAGUACUCUUCAUAGGAAAACAAAUUUAGAUGUAUUUAGGAAAUCAAAUAACUGAAUAAAACUGAAAAUAUAACUUUUUAGGCAUUUCAGUGUAUUUAAGAAACAAAUCUAGAGUAGGCAGUAUGUUGGUUGAGUGUCGAUUUAAUGUAAGAAACCAGAAUGAGCUACAGAAAUCUGGAAGCAUCCCAGAGUAUCGACAAUUCCCCAUUCUCAAUAAGAGAGAAAACAGUGCAGAAAACGUGGUGGGUAGAAUCAAGACGAACCCAACCUCUUAACUUAGCAAGCGAGUGACAUUUCUAACAGAUGCCAUUGUCUAGCAAACCGUCAAACUAUAAUUUAAGAUCGGUGCCAGAAGUUGCGGAAGAAGAAAGAACUCUAGAAACAAAACCAGUCAUGCCAAUGUCCACAUACAGAUUAGAAAUCUUCAAAGGGGACGGCGCCCAGGACAUACAACGGUAUCUCAGACGAUUCGACCAAUACGUAGCCUGUACAGGCAUUAAAGAUGAACAAUCGUAUGCAACGUUAAUAUGGCACUUAGACGAUCCUGUCCGUCUGUACAUAGAAAAUCUUACUACGCCUCCCGACACGUUGGAAGGAUUAAAAAGGACACUAAUAUCUAAGUACAAAACAGACACACCAGUGGACUUAGCCAUUUUUCAUGCAAAACAAGGUGCAAUGGAGACAACGGACCAAUUCCUGCGGAGAUUGGAGAACUCCAUCUUGCUAUCCAACUCCAAAAUAGACAGAAAGCUGGCAGUGCAGAUUGCACUACAAGGGAUGGACAGAUCCGUGAGUUCUGCAAUUUCAUGCCAUAACCCUGAUUCACUAGAUAAAGUCAGGGAACUUGCAUCCAGAAUGAGUUUUACGAAUACUAGUAGUGUAAACUCGGUAACAGAGGUACCAACCCGUCUGGAAACCACGAUCGAUGUCCUGACAGCUGCGGUUGCCAAGCUGUCCACCAACAUGGACCGAGAUGAGCAGACAAGGCAAUUACCAGUCCAAUCCCCAAGGAAUACCAGUUACAGGCAUCAUCAACGCCAACAACAGCAGUAUGAGCGAAGAAGACCAAUGCAGUCAAAUCAAGAACAUUCUGUGUGUAGAAGAUGUGGAGUCUGGGAUGGUCUUUGGCUGAUUCCAUUGAUGAUCAUGAUGACUCUUUGUGUCUCGGUGUCGGCAAUACCACAAGAAAUGCAGAGAUUAAACUAUGGUGUAGUAUUUGAGCCAGAAGCCCUGUUACAACUAAAUAAAGAGAGUUGGAUCCACACUUUUGAAGUACAGUUGCCUGAGCCUAUGAACAUAAAUGAAUUGCCAGGUUGUACUAAGAACAAGAAGACUUGUGAAUAUGUAAAUAAUAUGUUAACUGAAAUUAAUCAGGUUAGGGUACAUACUGCAAUGUAUAUAAAAGAAACAAUUAAAACAAUUGACCGCUUAAUGCCAGAAAAAGCACACACCAUUAAAAGUAGAAGUCGCAGAUCACUUCUCCCAUUCAUAGGUUCUCUGAGCAAAAGUCUUUUUAACACCGCUACUAUGGAUGAUGUGAAUCUGUUAGCUAGGCAUGUAAAUGCUUUAAAUAGGCUGAAUCGCAACCUUGUUAAAUCUGUUCAGCAACAUGAAGGUCAUUUAUCUUCUUACAUCAAAAUGGCUAAUGACAGAUUUUCAAAUGUGAUGGCUGGAAUUAAAGAAAAUGAAAAUGCCAUCAUUCAAAUGCAGACACAAAUUAAUGCAAGUUUUGAAAAGAUGGAAAGGUCAUUUUCAUCAAUGAAUGUCUUAAUAACUAAACAAAUAGAGAAAUCAAGGCAGCUGGAAUCAGUUUUCAAUAAUCUAGUAAAUGGUAUUUAUAAUCUGGUAGAUGGCCUUUUAUCUCCAUCCUUGGUACCAGUUGAGAUUAUGCAGGAUACCAUUGAUGAAAUAAAGUCCAUGCUGCACAAUAAAUUCCCUGACUUCCAUCUCAUUCACACAGAUGCUAAAAACAUUUAUAGAAAUGUAGAAACAGUAUAUGCCAAAAUAGGUUCUAGGUUGUAUAUUUCUGUAAAAUUUCCAAUAUCUCCAUUCAAGAAACCUCUUACAUUAUAUAAUGUAAUGUCAUUCCCAGUUCCUGUAAAUGAUAGCACAGAUCAUGCUACCCAGUUAUUAGAUUUACCACAAUUAUUUGCUGUAACUGAUGAUCUUCAGUUCUAUGUUGAACUUUCAAAAAAUGAUUUGCAAAAAUGUGAACAACACAAAAAGCUUAUGGUUUGUGAAAUAACCAAAAUUCUGCAUCCUGUAACCCAUGACAGUUGCACUCUAGCAUUAUUACAAAAUGAUAAAGCCAAAGUUAAAGGUAAAUGUCACUUUAGAUUUCUGAUGCACCACUUGAUACCCAAAAUACAAAAAUUAUCUGCAAGUUCCAUCCUGGUAUAUAAUAUAGAUGUUCUGGAACUUAGCUGCAAAUCAGGAAGGCAAAUGCUUAAAGCUUGUAAAUUCUGCAUCAUUAAAAUACCAUGUGAAUGUACAGUUUCAACACCAGAGCUUUAUUUACCACCAAGGUUGUCAGUCUGCCACAACCAAACAGUCUCUAAAAUGCAUCCUGUAAAUCUAGCUCUGUUACAGCAAUUUUUCAAUGAUUCCUCUCUAAAUAGUAUAGAUCCAAAUUCUCUAUUUGAAAAUCCAUUAAGCAUAACUGUGCCUCAAUUUAAAAUUUAUCAACAUACCAUGUCUGACAUAUUGGCAGAUGACAGAAAAUCUCACUUAAGUUUAGAAAAAAUGGCUGAAUCUGCUAAAAAGGAUGAACUAGUUUUCCAAACACUAUCAGAGCCAUUACUGACAGGUGAUAUUUCAUUGGAACAGUCAUGGCCGACAACCAAUGACAUUCUUUUAUAUGUCACCAUGGCAGUAACAACUCUAUCACUUAUCGCUUUCAUUAUAAUGGCAAUUAAAUUAAGGAAGGUAUUGCUUAUUUUAGGUGUAAUGCAAAUGACCAAUAGAAAAGUAGCUGCGUCAACUCUGCCUUCAUUUAUUUAUAAGCAGGAAAUUCCAAAGCAAAGUCAAAAUUCAUACUUGCUUGAAAAUCUGAACCUCCAAGUGGACCAUUACAUUUUAGCAAUUGUAUCAAUUACCUUUGUCUGCUCUUUGGUAGUAAUUUGGAAUGUGUAUCAAAGAAAGUCUAACAAAACGGCUUUAAUUUUAGAAUUAACCACUGGAGAAAGCUGUAUAUAUAUAACAUUACAAAAGCUGUCAUUGUGCCCAUCCUACUGGCAUAUAACCAUCCCAAAAGAUAUACAAUCUAUUACACUACAAGGAAAGUUCUCCCCAACCAUAUAUUUUGAAUGGGAUGACUGCUCUAUUUUCAAUAAAUUGAGGGAAAAAUCUCAAAAAGUCAAGUCACAGGUACACUUGACUUACUGGCAAGGCAGAAAAAUCAGGGAAAUUUUAGACAAACCAUAUAAUGUCCACUUCUUUGUAAAACAUACAAAUUUGCUUUUACCCUUGCAAUAAAACCAAUUGCCAUGCAAAGCUCUAGAAUUAACACCUACAGUUAGGAAACUUAAGCUACUAUUAAUUUACACUACUAGUAUGUAUUUUAUUUGAAUGUGUAUAUGUGUGUGAUCCUGAGGACAAUCAGUGAUGAUGGAAUGGAGACAAUAUAUAUAUAUUUAAACAAUAAUGGGAAAUUUGACUUUGUUUUAUAGAUGAACUUAUCACAGGUGUGUCAAUAUGUUUGAACAUAUGCUCAGCAGAAUAUAUAAUUGCUCAUAACUGAAACAGCAGUUUAAUUAUUAUAAAAAAAUAAUAAUUCAUAAUUCAUUGGUCUUUCAUACAAUGUAGCUUAGGGUUGUUUUAUUGCUUCUGCAUUGUGUAUAUAUAUGUGUGUAUAUCAUGUUUUAAUUUUUUUUCUUUCACUUGACUAUCAAUUUUAUUAUUAAGUUUCUUUAUUUACUAUUUUGUUAAAUGUAUUAAAAACAUGACUUCAUGUUCAAUUUGUAGGGGUAAAUUUUGACAAAAACAGUAAUUCACUUAAAUUUUGCAGAACUUUUAAUUAUAAUUACAGCUGAGUUCGACAUAGUGUACAGAAAUUGUAUUGUACAGCAACUUCAUACAGCUGCUUUCAGCAGAGUGUUCUAAAUUGAAUAUUACAGCUGAUUUCAACCAAGUGUUCCAAUUUUGCAUUGUACAGCUGAUUUUAACAUAGUGUUCUAAGAUUGCAUGAUACAAAACAUAUGGCAAUAAGUAUUACAACACAGUUCAAUAGACUGUUAGGACUAUUUAAACUUUAUAGGAAUAAAGUUAUUUUGAGGGGGAGAGGUAGUGUUCUGCUGUACAUUUUUGGUGCUGCACAUUUUUGGGUAUAUUUUAUGAAAUUCUUUAUGAAUUUUGAUUUUAAUAACUAUAAGUAAGGGGAUGUAAAUUAUUGUUAUGUUAUAUGAAAUUCUUUUAAAUUUUAUUUUUAUUUCUAAUAAUAGUAUGUAGUUGGGAGUCUAAGCAAUUCAACACGUACAGACAUACAACAUGUUAAGGUAGAUCUAAACAAAUAAAAGAUAGAUAUACAAUUGAAUAACGGUAUUUGCAAGGUGGAAAUCUAUUGCCUGAAGAUGUCUAACGCUAUAUCCCUUUAAUAAUACAUUACCUGCGAUUACGCAUAAGGACCUUUGAACAGAAUAUCUAACUGAGAUGUCAAACACAUUUUUCAAUCAGGAUACUAGUUACAUGACUUUGAUCAAACACAUUUUUACAAUUAGCACACUAGUUACAUGACUUUUAAUCAGUAAAUAGGGAUUAGAUUGUGUCAUCAAAGAUUUACUUAGACACCAUUUUUUUUGUAUUACGGGCAGUUUUAUGGCAGUUAAUUUGUUUACUUGCCAAAUCCUGUUUUAGGGUCCGAGACGAACCAGUUUUUAUGUACGUAUUUUUCAUUGGUCAGUUGAAUUUGUAAUAAGAUUUUUAAUUGGAUAAUUGCGAAGAAAUCAACCGUUUCCAAAUCCUUUAUAAGCACAUCAGCUACCCGAGAAAGCCAAAACUCUGGCUUCGUAGAAAAUAAAUGUUAUUGGGAGCUGACAAGAUUUUUAUUCUUUUUAUAGGUAAGUCGAAUUUUGUACUCUGUAUUUUUUUCAACUUUGUAAAAUCUGGAUUGGUAACUUUUAAAUUUUAACAGAGAUCUUAUCUUAAUGCGAGGCACAUGUGUAUUGGAAUUGUUCGGGUUUUUUUAUCUAUACAGCUAUUCAGAUAGCUACUUAGUAUUUUGUUGUUCAUGUGUAAGAUUUGUACUUCUAUAGUUUAGUUUUAUACAUAUGCAUCUCAGAAAACUUCAAAGUAUUUUUGUUUAUGAGUAAGAUUUAGUAGAUUCUUUUUACUGUUGAUUUAUUACAGAAAUUAUGUUGUAUAAUGAAAUCUGAACUAGUUUUUAUUCAGAUAGAGAAAAGAAACUUAUUGAGGAGUACUCUAAAUUCUUAAUCACUUAGUGUACUUUCAUUUAGAACUUGUCGCUUAAUUUGCGUCUUUCGGUUUAUUUUAAUAAUAGUCUAGGCCGUGAGUACUCUUCAUAGGAAAACAAAUUUAGAUGUAUUUAGGAAAUCAAAUAACUGAAUAAAACUGAAAAUAUAACUUUUUAGGCAUUUCAGUGUAUUUAAGAAACAAAUCUAGAGUAGGCAGUAUGUUGGUUGAGUGUCGAUUUAAUGUAAGAAACCAGAAUGGUAGGAUUUUUGUUUGUGUAUAUUAAAACUAUUUGUUGAUAAACUUAGAGUAUGAUUUUCUGGUUCAUUAAAGAGUUAGUCUCUAGGCUUGGUGAAUUAUUUAUCAUUUUCUUAAAUUUAUUGAUCAUUGAUUGAAUGUAUGCUUGAUGUUAUGUAUGUGAUUUAUAUGGAUGUUUGUACAAAAAAAAAAAACUCUGGCUUCGUAGAAAAUAAAUGUUAUUGGGAGCUGACAAGAUUUUUAUUCUUUUUAUAGAGCUACAGAAAUCUGGAAGCAUCCCAGAGUAUCGACAAUUCCCCAUUCUCAAUAA